GAUGACAGGAUAUUUUCAAACCCAAAGUUUGAUCUUAUACAAACAAUACUAGCUCUAGACUUCAUCAUGUCUUUGGGAAAUAAAGACGAAAACACCUUUGACGUAAUAAUCGUCGGCGGCGGAACAGCAGGUAGCGUCCUGGCAGCACGCCUCUCAUCUACCCCCACUCUUCGUAUCCUCGUGCUCGAAGCAGGUCAAAAUCGCAACUCAGACCCCAAAGUCAGUACCCCAGGCUUUGCUGGUUCAGUAUUUGGAAAUCAGAAUUAUGAUUGGGGGUUCCGGACUGUGUCGGAGAAGGGUUUGAAUGGUAGAGUGAUUUUGCAACCACGAGGCAAGCUAUGGGGUGGAAGUAGCGCAAUUAAUUCACAUGCAUUGGUUUAUCCAUCGAGCGCAUAUCAUGAUGCAUGGGGAAGCUUACUGGGUGCUGGGAAAGGCUGGGAUUGGGAUGGGAUUGGGAAGUAUUAUACGAGAUUUCAAAAAUUGCAGGAACCUGGCGAGGAGGUUAAGCGAGAAUUAGAGAUUGGAGACUUUGCGAUGGAAGGUGGGCAUAUCCGCAAGCAUGACGAGAGCGAGUAUGAGGAGGUAAUUCAAGCGUCCUACCCUGUGACUUUACAUCCGAUGCAGAAAGCUUGGACAGAUGCGAUCCAAGAUCUAGGAUAUAGCUCGUCAAAGAACCCAGUCGAGGGAGAUGUUCUCGGAGGGUCUACGACGACGAAUGCUAUUGAUUCUUUCAGAGGCGAAAGAAGUCAUGCCGGGGUCGCAUUUCUGGAGCCAUCAAUUAAACGAGGCAAUCUUGUCGUCAAAAGUAACGUGCUGGUGAAUAAGAUAAUAUUUGGAGAGGAGAAGAGGGACGGCAAGGUUGUUGCAAUUGGUGUCCUUUACAGCCAAGAGAAUGGGGAAACUGUGAUUGCUCAUGCGAGUCGAGAAGUCGUGGUAUGCGCUGGGACAUUUGGAUCGCCAAAAUUACUGGAGCUAUCCGGCAUUGGGCAACGUGAAAGACUUAAUACUGCGGGUAUCGAAUGUCUUCGUGAACUUGGAGGUGUCGGCGAAAACCUCCAAGACCAUCUGAACUUUGGGCCUUCCGUGGAAGUGUUAGAUAAUAUCGAAACAGCAGAUGUCGCUGCUCGAGAUCCCUCAAUAAUUGAAGCCGCCAAAAAGCUGUACGAGGCCAAGCACACAGGUCGGUUUGCAGAAGGUGCUGCAUAUAGUUUCUCCUAUCUGCCACUAAAAUUCUUCAACUCAGAAGAAGAAGAACGUGAAUUAACAGCUCUCGUCAACAAGACCCUACUGGAGAGCUCAUCAACAGUCAGCAAGGGAUUGAAAGCUCAGUAUGAUAUCAUAAAGCGCAUUAUAUUCGACCCAGAAGAAGCAUCUUCGACAAUUUUUAUGACGCGGAAACAACGAUACACUCCGAUUGCUACACCCGCACCAGGGAACUACAUGACCAUAUUAGCUAUGCUUUCCUACCCUUUCUCUCGCGGGAGCUCUCAUAUCGCAACUGCUGACCCCAUUGAGCAUCCUGAAAUCAAAAUCAACUACCUCGAACAUCCCCUAGAUGCCGAAAUGCUGUCUCGCCAUAUAAUCCAAAUCGGUCAAUUGUUGGAACAGCCCAAGCUGUCUGCACUUCUCAAGCCAGAUGGCAACACCUUACCGAGUGGAUUUCCUCGCCACACCAAAAGUGUAGAGGAAGUGACACGCUUCAUUCGCCAAUUCGGAGCGACGAAUUACCAUCCUGUAGGAACCUGUGCUAUGAUGAGUGAGGAUCUGGAUGGGGUCGUUGACGAGAAUUUGAUUGUGUAUGGAACGGCGAAUAUGAGGGUUUGUGAUGCGAGCGUCAUCCCGAUUGAACCUCGUGGGAAUGUCUUGAGUACUGUCUAUGCGACGGCAGAGAAGGGGGCGGAUAUUUUGAAGAGAGAUCUGGAGUUUUGAUACAUAUAUUAGGAUUGAAUAGAGCAAGUUUCAGAUACACACAGUUUUAGAUUUUGUUGUAGACAAUUUGACGAGAUUACUGUAAUCA